UGCCCAGCUCCCAAGCGGAGUUUCCACGACAGCUGGAAGCCGAGCGGCACGGGCGCAUCGCUUCUUUGCUAAAAUUACUGGAAAUAACAAGACUCGUGCUCGUCUCAGCACCUCCACAUAACCGCAGGUCUGGCAUGGGCGACAAGAGGAGUCCCACAAGGCCGAAGCGUCAACCGAAGCCCUCCUCCGACGAGGGGUUUUGGGACUGCAGCGUGUGCACGUACAAGAACACGGCAGAGGCUUUUAAGUGCAUGAUGUGUGAUGUCAGGAAGGGGACGUCAACAAGGAAGCCUCGUCCCGUCUCCCAGCUCGUCUCGCAGCAGCAGGUAACACAGCAGUUUGUGUUGCCCUCGCAGCCCAAAAAGGAAAAGAAGGAGCGUGUAGAGAGGGAGAAGAGCGACAGAGAGCCGGCGCUCAAGAAGAACAGUCACAAGAAGAUGAGGCCCAGGUUAAAAAACAUCGACCGGAGCAGCGCCCAGCACCUGGAGGUGACGGUUGGGGACCUGACAGUCAUCAUAACAGACUUUAAGGAGAAGGCCAAGCCCUCGUCCACCUCGGCUACGUCGUCCUGCACUGCGUCCACGGCCGACCACCACAGCCAGAACGGCUCCAGCUCAGAGAACACAGAGAAGGGGCUUUCCCGCUCCUCCUCACCCCGGGGAGAGGGGAGUUCGGUCAACGGAGAAUCUCACUGAGUCACCCCUUCCCUCGGAAACAACCCCCCCGGCCUCCACCCACAUCUCAUCUGCAAAUCCACAGGUCACUGGUGGGGCAUCCUGCCUCUCCUUUACAGCUGCACAUUACUGACUAAUACAGUUUGGCUUGCUUUCUUUUGGAUAUUACAAUUUCAGUAGGAACUGUGAUCAUCAGAUUUGCUGAGUUUAAUUAGUUUAAAGAUUCUCCGCGGCACUGGAAUUCUAGAAAAGCAAUAUGAAAUACCUUUUGCUCCACCUUCUAGGUUUUAAAUGAUCUACAUCUUGGACAUUUGGUGCAAUUGAAAGGAUCCCACACCCAGUCCAUACUUCACUAUGAGAAAAUUUACCAAGACAGUUUUAUUCUGACGAAGAACUUCCUCAGAACUGACCUGAGAUAUGUCUGAAUAAAUGUUUGGACAAGUUUUACGGUCCUGUGCGGUUUCCUUCAGAUGCACCAGCCUGUCAACAUUUUCCUUUCUUUUUCUUCUUCUUUUUUUUAAGAUAUUUUUGUUAAAUAAUGUGCAGCCCCACCCUUGACAUCACCUUCAGUGGCCGGCGGAGUGACCUAUUGUGGAAUCUUCAGCCUCUGUCUGAAAUCUUUACCCAGCCGUUAUAAACCUGAACCCUCUACGACGCACUCCCAGUGUCCCCUACACUGAACGUUCAACCUCACAGCGAACCUUUCCUCCUGCUCUUGAUUACUCCAGGCUUUUACUUUUGGACUGCCUCUGCUGUGGAGUGACUUUUUUGACACAGCAUUAGUGGCUGUACUCCCGCUGGCAACAUUUGGUGUUUUUGGGUAAUGUUUGGAGCAGGUUGUUAGUUCAGGUAAUGCUUGUUUUGUUUGUAUAGGGCAUCAGGCAGGUUUUGAUAAAAGCCCUUUUAAAAAAUGAUGUGAGAAGGUACAGUGAAUGAUUUUAAAGGAUAAUACUGGUGUUUUUUUGUUGUUGUAAGUUAAUGCCACAGUCAGCCGCAAUGGGGACACAAUCAGGGUUUUGUUCGUUUGUCCUUACAGCCAUUUAUUUUGAACAGUAUACAAACAACAACCACAUACCUGCAUUAAGUGAUAUUUUUGAUAUAAACAUAACAUCAUGUUAAUAUCAGCAGUCAGAAGCUUAACUCGCAGAGAAUUAGCUACUCUCCAGCAAUAUACAGCUCUGGGCUCAUUGUUUUGGUCUUCUGAUUCCCACAGAGCUUAUCCAAUCAUUAGAAACAAAGCCUAAUUACAUUACUGAUUACUUGCACCAAAAUGUAAUGCAUUUCUGUUAUCAGUAACUUUUUAGUUCCAUUUUAAAUGUCUAUUUGGAUUGCUGCCAUUGGUAAUCAGCCUAUAGCUUUCAUUUCAGUACUGUUGUUGCUAAGCAGCUGUCUAAAAACUGCAGGUCUGCAGACUCUACAGCAUACUGCACUGUUAGUUCGUUACGUUGUCCCUUGGAAAAAAUUUAAGUCCAACCUCAGUUGCUUCAUCAUGUAUAUCCAAACAUAUCCUUGCAUUAACUAGUAGUAUAGCCAGAUUAGAUGGACAGUUUUCCAUCCAACGACAACGUAAAACCCAUCCUUUGUAGUGUGUUACCUUGUUGCACAUUAUAUUGCAGCAUGCUACUUUGCAACAUGCUACUUUGCAACGUAUUACUUCUUUGCAGUGCAUUACUUUGCAGCUAGCUACUUUGUAGUGUGUUACUUUGCAGCGUGCUACUUUGUUGCACGUUACAGAGUAGCAUCCUACUUUGCAGGUCUUUACUUUGCAGCUAGCUACUUUGUAGUGUGUUACUUUGCAGCGUGCUACUUUGUUGCACGUUACAUAGUAGCAUCCUACUUUGCAGGUCUUUACUUUGCAGCUAGCUACUUUGUAGUGUGUUACUUUGCAGCGCAUUACUUUGCAGUGUGCUACUUUGUUGCACAUUACAUAGCAGCAUCCUAUAUUUUGCAGCUAGCUACUUGGCAGUGUACUACUUUGUUGCAUGUUACAUCACAGCAGGCUACUUUACAAUGCGUUACUUUGCAGCUCGCUACUUUGUUGCAUGUUACGUCGCAACAUGCUACUUUGCAGCGUGUUACUUUGCAGUUAGCUACUUUGUUGCACGUUACAUAGUAGCAUCCUACUUUGCAGCUAGCUACUUGGCAGUAUACUACUUUAUUGUAUGUUACAUCACAGCAUGCUACUUUACAAUGUGUUACUUUGCAGCAUGCUACAUUGUUGCAAGUUACAUCACAGCAUGCUACUUUGCAGUGCAUUACUUUCUUGUGUAUUAGUCACUAGCUAUCAUGCUAAUAUUGGUCAGAAGACCAGAAAGUCUAAUCCAAGAGAUGUUUAUGUUGGCAUGUGUCUGCUAGAUAUGCAGUCAGGCAAUACAUCAAUUAAUCAGUUUAUUUGUCACAUGAAAUCAUAAAAAGGUACAACUCCAGUGAAAUGCAGUCCCGCCAGCUCCUUCAACUUGUGCAUUGUCAUUAAGUAAUUUUUGCCACGUCUGAUAUUGUAGAAAGCUGCUUCAUAAUUGUCCAUGUUUUUGGUAAAGUUGCUUCUGUUGUUAUACAAAUUAAAUCCACUGCAGACUGCGUGAAUUCAUUGAUGCCAUUAGUAACGGUGGUGUCCUGGAGGUGUCCCCCCCCCAAGGUAUGACCUGCCCUACUCUGCUUCUGAUUUGCUUACUCUGAUAUUCUUACACUAACACCAACCAACCUUACUCCUCUUGCCUAAACCUAACCAACCCAACCAACGAAGCCCACAAAGUACUAGCCAAUCAGAGGGAGAGUAGUGUAGGUCAUGUCUUUGCCUUCCUUGAACACGCUCCAGACUGUCAUUAGCCAGAGUGUCUAAAAUCUGUCUCUCAGGGUUUUGUUUCUUUGAGUUGAUUUUACAGUCUUGCUAUCAAAAAAAUCACUUAAUGCAGCUUUAAGGAUCAUCCAGGCUUUGUAAUUAAUUACAGCCAACUUGAAACAUUUUGAUCACACUAUCGGUCACCUUUCAAGUACAUGAUGUAGACAAAGUGCGUCACCAAUCACCAUGGUUACUGUCACUCACACAACUCCCACAGAAUGAUAUCUACGCAAGUGCAGUAACAGUUCCUUAUACAUGGUUGUGUUUCCGCUUUUAUUUUUAAUACUUAUGUUCUCAAACGAGCUAAUUUCAAGCCAGGUUUAUCACAAGUUGGUCUCAGAGAUGGAAAAAGAUGGAGACUAAAUGUAGACUGUACUUCAGGGACUGUGACUGUAAAAAGGACACUGGUAUUCUCCUUUGAAUCUGUGCUGCACCUGCUCAGCAUCACAGCAGAAAACCAGAGGGUGCUCAUGCUGUUCUGCCUCCACUGUGGACCCUGUCUGGAUACAGCGCGGUGCUUCUACAGCGGGAAAAGGAGCUUUGACUUCUGGACGUGCACAGUUAUCAGCUGCAUGAGGCGAUGGGCCUGCGGUGCGAUGGACUUGAGAGACUGUUUGAAUUCCUCCAUUUUGACGUAGCAAAGUGGGGGAGCUUUAGAAUAUACUAAACCCCCGACAGAACUAUAGAUCAACCUAACUACACAAUAACUUAUGAAACCUGUAGAAUACUACACAGAUAAAAAUGGAUAUUUCUAAAAUAUUGUACUACAAUGUUUUGAUGUGGUUGUAUUAUCCAUCAUAGCAGUGUUAUUGUCCAGAUUUUUACUUUUAACAUUUUAGCACAGAUCCUGAGAACUGUCACGGCAUGAUAAUAUUAUGGUCUCGGUAUAUUGUGGGACAGGCUAUGUCUCUUAGUUCGUUAGCAUCGUUUAAUGUGUCAAGAGAUCUCAUAGGUUCACCGCACUAGCUGGGACUAGCUGUGUGGACUCUUGAGAACUGUUCGGACAGACGUUUGUUAUUUGGUUGUGGCAAAAAAAGAAAAAAAAAAAAGGAAAGACACUUAAAAAAUAUGUUGGUUGUCACUUCUUGUUGAUAUUUUUUUGUUUUUGCUUUGCCAUGCUCAGUUGUUUUACAAUGUGUGAACUUGUUUAUUACAUGUCUGAAUAAGAAAAUAACAAAAUUCAAACAAAAAAAAACA